AUGCACUCCCUCUACACCAGCUCCCGCGCGCAAGAGAAGAAGGCCAAAUCAGGACUUGCAAGAGAGGUUGGCAAGAUGCGAGGCUCUUCUGAAGCAAUAUGCUACUGCUUCGACAACGCCGCCCGCUACCCACGCAACCCUGUCGCCUUCGACUUUCGCCACUCCCUCGUCAGCUGGUCCGUCGCCGAGCAUACCCCAACUGCCACUACCAUCGGGUUCCGCCUCGGUUUCUGA